GUCAUCUAUAUAAUCCCCGGACAUCCCCCGCGGCUGUCUUUUCCUACAAGAUUCUGAAUUUUCAUUCUGAAUUUAACCCGGAAUACAUUUACAAUGACGGGCGCACUACCACAUCCCUUCGAUGGCAUCACCCCUGGGGAGAUCCAAUUGGCCACCAAGAUCCUGGAGGCCGCCUUCCCCGGGGUCAAUUUGCGGUACAAGAAGAUCGAUAUCCAGGAGCCAACGAAGAAGGAGGUGGUCCCCUUUAUCGAAGCCGAGAGACUGGGCAAGCCACUUCCCCCUCGACCGGCUCGAUUGUUGCAGGUCCUUUUCCACCGCUUGGAUUCCGGUGCGUUUUACAAGGCGCUGUUGAAUGCUGGAACGCGAUCGAUUCUCUAUGCCAAAGAACUGCCUAAAGAGAUUCAGGGCCCCGUCGAUGCCGACGAGCUCGUCGAAAUCGAGGCCAUGUGUCUCCAGCACCCGGCCGUCAAGGCUGAAGUGGCUAAAUUGCAGCUGCCCGCUGGAGUGACCGUCUGUAAUGAUCCUUGGAUCUAUGGAACCGAUGAUCCGAAGGAGAAUCGUCGCUUGUUUCAAUGUUACAUGUACAUUGUGGCUACGGACCACCCCCAGAACAACCACUACUCUCUGCCAUGCAAAUUCUCUCCCGUUUUCGAUGGCAUCACUCGGGAGCUCGUGCGCAUGGACUACCUCCCGGGUGGACCGGACGUUCAGACCACGGAAACUCAGCCGUGGAAACCGGUAGAGACUAUCCAGUACGCUCAUGAUUUACUGCAGGAGCCGCUGCGCACAGACCUGAAGCCAUACGUCGUGCAGCAGCCACAAGGCGCCUCGUUCACCGUUGAAGAUAACCUGGUCUCGUGGCAGAAAUGGAAGUUCCGAGUAGGCUUCAACAGCCGGGAGGGUCUAGUAAUUCACAACCUCACCUACGACCAGCGCAACGUGUUCUACCGACUUUCGGUGUCUGAGAUGACUGUUCCAUACGGAGACCCCCGCGCUCCCUACCACCGCAAACAAGCCUUCGACGUCGGCGACGUCGGCUUCGGCAUCACAGCCAACCAACUAUCCCUCGGCUGCGACUGUCUCGGCCACAUCAAGUACUUCGACGGCUACCGCGCCGACGCCAAGGGGAACCCCGUCCACCUCAAGAACGUCAUCUGCCUCCACGAGCAAGACAACGGCCUCCAGCACAAACACACGAACUACCGCAGCGGCGCCGCAACCGUCGUGCGCAACCGCCAGCUCGUCGUGCAAAUGAUCUGCACCGUCGCCAACUACGAAUACAUCUUCGCGUUCAUCUUCGACCAAGCGGCCAACAUCGAGCUGGAGGUCCGCGCCACCGGCAUCCUCUCCACCGUGCCCUUCGACAACCACACCUUCGGCACCACCGUGCCCUGGGGCACGAACGUCGGCCCCGGCGUCAUGGCCCCGUACCAUCAGCACAUGUUCUCGUUCCGCAUGGACCCUGCGCUCGAUGGCUUCCAGAACACCGUCUACUACGAAGACAGCGUGCCGAUGCCCGAGGACGAGAAUAACCCGUACAACGUGGGCUACACGACGGAGCAAACGGUGCUCAAGACGAGCGGAACGGCCAACACGAGCGUAGACCGUCACCGCGUGUUCAAGAUCCGCAACGACUCCCACAUCAACCCCAUCACCUACAAGCCCAUCGCGUAUAAGCUGCAGACCUCGCCGGCGCAAAUGCUCCUGGCCAGUCCGCGCUCGUACGGUGUCAAGCGCGCAGGUUUCGCGACCAAGCCCAUCUGGGUGACGAAGUACCAGGACGGGGAGCUCUACGCGGCGGGCGAGUUCACGAACCAGAGCAAGGAAAGCCAGGGUGUUGAGAAGUGGGUGGCGCGAAAGGAUUCGGUGGAGAAUGAGGACGUGGUGCUUUGGCAUACUUUCGGUCUCACGCACAACCCCCGCAUCGAAGACUUCCCCGUCAUGCCGAUGGAGCGCGUCAGCGUCAUGCUGCGACCCGACGGCUUCUUCACGAAGAACCCAGCACUGGACGUCCCCCCGUCGAACCAGGCAUUCAACCAGUCGACGCUGCACCCGGAGUCGGCGCCGGCAUGCUGUGCUCCGGUAUCUGAUCGGACGGUGAAGCUGUAGAUGGUGUUAUGGGAUGGAGGAUUUUUGACGAUUAUGAUAUAGAUGGAUUAUGCCGGGAGGAUAAAUCGGAAUCAGAAUGAAUCAACGUUUAUCAGAAUGCCA